AUGUCUUCGACAUCUGCUGCCGUCUUCAGGCCUAGGGAUGUUACAGGCUUCGGGCUUAUGGGCAUGACUUGGCGCCCUCAUCACACGCCCGACGAGCAAGCCUUCGCAACCAUGAAGGCAGCUAUCGCUCAAGGCGCCACUUUCUGGUCUAGUGGUGAUUAUUACGGCAUGCCUGAGCCUACGGCUGGCUUAGCUCUGCUGCGCCGCUAUUUCGAAGCUUACCCGGAGGAUUCGAGCAAGGUCACCCUAUUCAUUAAGUGCUGCGUCGACUCCAAGACCAUGGCGCCUAAGAUCAAGCGCGAAGAAGUACUUGCUAGCGCUGAGAACUGCUUCAGGGUUCUCGGCGGCGCGAAGAAGAUAGACAUCCUCGGCCCGGCCCGCAUGGACCUCAGCGUGCCACUUGAAGAGACUCUAGGAGCAUUCAAGGAGCUUGUAGAUGCUGGCAAGAUUAGCGGCGUGGGAAUUAGCGAGGCCGGCGCCCAGACCAUCGAGAAGGCCAACGCCAUCUACCCGCUAAGCUUGGUGGAAAUCGAGUUCUCCCUAUGGACCCCUGAUAUCUUAACAAAUGGCGUGGCGGCUACGGCAAAGAGGCUUGAUAUUCCCCUUGUCGCUUACUCGCCUUUAGGCCGUGGCUUCUUGACCGGUCAAAUCAAAUCCGUCGACGACAUUCCUGAGGGAGAUAUCCGUCGGCGUUUCGACCGCUUUCAGCCCGAGAACUUUAACAAGAACCUUGAGCUUGUGGACAAGCUGAAAUCCUUUGCGGAGAAGGCGGGUGUUACACCGGCUCAACUUGCGUUGGCCUGGAUUCGUGCCGUUUCCAACUCGCCGCAAGCUGGUACUAUCAUUCCUAUCCCUGGUGCUACGAGGGUUGAACGUGUCGAGGAGAAUUCUAAGAACGUUCUUCUUUCGCCGGAGAAUAAGGAGGAACUUGAUCAGAUCCUUGCGUCGUUCACGAUCCAGGGUGGCAGGUACAACAAGGUGCUCGAGGGUUUGCUUUGGCGUUAG